AUGAUAAACGAAUAUGUUUCUAGAAAAGUUGCCCUAAAGGACAUGCAACCAUGCGCAAUUUGCAGUAAACCAUCUACAACCGUCCUUUAUAACGCAUCUGGUCCAGACUGGCUAUACACGUGCGAUAUACAUCUACAAGAUAACCCUCAGUUUACUAUCCCCAUCUACAGUAAAGAGUAUAACGAUGCUGUGGCUCAAUUGAAAGUAGUCAAGAGGAAAAUGGAUACCUUAAUAUCUGCCCAAAGCCGAUUAGGGUCCUGGGAUGGUUGGGUAACUAAAAUAUUCACCAAAAAGGAUAAGGAAAAGAAAGACGGUUCAGAAAGUACAGAACCUGCUCCAGCUGAGCCUGCUGAUGUCCCUCUAGAGGUAAAGGAGGACGCAGACACCUUACUGGAAACCCAGGCAAUGUAUAGGAAACUUCUUGACGAGGUUACAGAAUUGCAAGGAAAAAACCGCAAGUAUGAGCUAGCAAAAAUCAUGUUCGAGAGUAGGGUUCAAAGAAAGAAAACAGAACAAAUGAAUCGGGAACGAUAUCGCAAAGAACAAGAGAACUACUCUAAUACGGACCCUAAGGAACUGCUGCAAAAACAUGUGUUUCCCUCAGUACCACAACAGGAGACGCAAUAG